UUCUCCUUUGGAACCAUGGUGGCCACCGGUGGACAGGAUCAGGAUCAGGAUCAGAAUCAGGACCAGAACCAGGAGCCGGAUGUGCUGAGUCCCACGUCGGCGGUGACGGGACUGCCGCAGAAGCGCUUCUACCGCCAGCGGGCGCACUCGAAUCCCAUCGCGGACCACAGCUUCGACUAUCCCGCCCGUCCGGAGGAUGUGGACUGGCGCGCCCUGUACCCGAGCAUCCAGGCGGGCCAGCAGGUGAGCUUCGCGGACAUCGGCUGCGGCUACGGCGGCUUCCUGGUCACCCUGGGCGAGAUGUUCCCCGAGAAGCUCUCCAUCGGCAUGGAGAUCCGCGUCAAGGUCUCCGACUACGUGGUGGACCGCAUCACGGCGCUGCGGCGGAAGAGCGUGGCCGCGGGAGGCGGAAGUUCCUACCAGAACGUCGCCUGCCUGCGCACCAAUGCCAUGAAGUAUCUGCCCAACUACUUCGCCAAGGGCCAGCUGGAGAAGAUGUUCUUCCUCUACCCGGAUCCGCACUUCAAGCGCGCCAAGCACAAGUGGCGCAUCAUCAACCAGGCGCUGCUCUCCGAGUACGCCUACGUGCUCAGGAAGGGGGGCCUGGUUUACACCAUGACGGACGUGGAGGACCUGCACAAGUGGAUCGUGGCGCACAUGGAGCAGCAUCCGCUGUACGAGCGUCUCACCGAGGAGGAGGCCAACUCCGACCCCAUCACCCCCAAGCUAUACCAGAGCAGCGAGGAGGGCGCCAAGGUGGUGCGCAACAAGGGCGAUCACUUCCUGGCCAUUUUCCGGCGCCUCUAGCACCGCGUAUAUUCUCCACAUUAUUUUUAAGAUUGCCUUUAGAGUAAAGACCGAUUGUUAAAGCA